AUGGUUCGUGAGAUCAAUGCCAGGUCCGAGAUGCGGGAAACGGAGGCACGGCGGCGCGAGUUGGCCGAGGUUGCUCCCGCGAUCAAGCCUGAGGUGUACGGUUCCGGUGUAGAUGCCAUCUUGGACCGACAGCUUCAGGAACUUGUCGACAAUCACAAACCUUCUGGCUCCGGCGAACUCGACAAAGGGACUUUGAUGGAUUCGAAGGCUGAUGAGGCUAUCGACCAGGGGUGGGUCGACGUCGGUGACACCAUGACCGAAGUGUCUCUCAAUACACAAUAUCCAGAACCCGUUGAGCAAGAACCGAUCCGCAUGGACGCCUCAAGAGCAGAGACCGACCUGGACAUGAAACUACACGAAAUCACCGCCGAGAAAUCAUUGAGUGAGACACGGGAUCUUCUCCAACAGGGAGCGAACCCAAAUACAUUAUCCGCCCAAGGGACCCUCCCCCUCUGCGAACACGCCCGACGCGGAAACUUGGACAAGGUCAAGUUACUCCUCGACCACGAAGCCGACAUUAAACUACCCGACGCGAGCGGUCGAACGGCGAUAUCAUACGCCGCGGAAAUAACUAACCCGGCCAUGGCCCGCUUGUUAAUGGCGGUCCCGGGUAUAGACCUGAACCUCAAAGACGGGGAGCUUCGGGCGCCGGUGUGGCAUGCCCUCUGCGCGUGGAUCAAAUCUGGCCGGAUCUUUGUGCCUGAUACGGAUACCUUGUUCGCGCUACUUGAGGACGAGAGGGUGAGGGUUGAGGAUGUUGAUGGGGAAGGGAGGGGACUGCUGCAUCUUGCUGCUGCUGCUGGGGCCACGGAUCUUACUGAGUCUGGUUAUAAGUGGUACAAGCGUAGGCGGAAGUGA